UCGGAUUCCGCUAAGAAGAGGGCACUUCUAGUAGCUGCACUUAGCACCUCGACGAUCCAAAUCCUGAUGGGGAAAAUAGCACCUGCAAAGCCCAAUGCCUUAAGAUAUGAUGAAGUAGUCAAGGUGUUAAAUGACCACUACGACCCAAGGCGCAACGAAAUUGCUGAAAGCUUCCAGUUUUUCAACCGCUGUCAGCAGGAGGGAGAAACCAUUCAGGAUUUCGUCGUCUCAAUCCGACGCAUUGCAGACAAUUGCAAUUUCGGAGAUUCUCUGAACAGGCUACUUAGAGACCGAAUUGUCUGUGGUGUGCGUUCGGGUGCUGUGCAGAAGCAACUUCUGGCAAAGAAAGAUUUAACUCUGGAGGAAGCCGAGUCGAUAGCAGUAGCCGCGGAAACUGCCGAAAAAAGACGCCAGGACAAUGUGUGUAGACGUACCGCCUGUUCUUAAAGUGGAAGCGCGUCGCAAACUGCCAUCGCGAUCAAGCAUGGAGCGCUCAGAGCGAUUGGAGUGUGGAAGGUGUGGCAGUUCUAGACAUGAUGGCAACAGCUGCAGAUGGAAGAAUGCACGAUGUUACGCUUGCGGCCUGAGGGGUCACCUCGCUAAAAUGUGUCGCAGCCGCAUUGGCAAAGAUGUUGCCGCCCCUCGGCGACUACCUCACGCGAAAGCUUUGGCGGUAGAAGAGGCUUCUUCAGAAGAGGACAGCAGUGGUAGUGCUCAAAUUUGGACGUUAGCGUCAGCACGAAAGAAUUCUCUUGCGCCGCCAAUAAGACGAAUGUUCAGUUGGGGAGGCGUGAACGUGUCCAUGGAAGUCGAUACAGGUUCACCGGUUUGCGUCAUAUCACGGCAGCUUUUCGAAAAGCACCGCAAAUGCUGGCCAAAGUUGAAGCCUUCACACGUAAAGUUAUCAUGCUACAGUGGAAGGUUGCCGGUGAUGGGUGAACUGCAACUUUGUGUCAGAUACCGCGAUACUUCUGUUGACUGUUCCCUUGUGGUUCUAGACUGCCCCGGACCAAGCUUGUGCGGCCGAGACCUACUAAUCCUCCUGGAACAAGCUGGCGCUCCGGUAGUGAGAGUCGCACACGAAGACGAGGCGACGGCUAUUCGAGCGAAGCACCACAGCGUCAACGCCCUACGCCACACCUACGAGGAUGUUUUUUCGGAAACCUUGGGCUUGAUCAAAGGACCACCAGCCAGCCUCCUGCUGAAGGACGACGCGGUCCCCAAAUUCUGUCGAGAGUUCGUCCUGGUUACCGACCACCAGCCACUUCUGGGACUGCUGAGACCCGACCGCCAGACGCCUGCAAUGGCCGCAGCUCGCAUCCAACGGUGGGCCCUCUACCUUGGAGGUUACCGUUACAAGCUUGAAUAUGCCCCAGGAAGGCAGCUACUGAAUGCGGAUGCUCUGAGCAGACUGCCGCUGCGGUGCCAAGAUGCCGCCACGGAACCUGAACCCGAAGAAAGGACCCCACAGAAAGCCGGACUAUCGCCAUCGGAAAUGCUGCUGGGGUACCAGAUACGGUCACGCCUGGACACGUGCUUUCCUGCGACGACUGCGCCCAAUUCUAAAAAGGAAAGCGACGAUUUGUUACCACCAACGAACUGUGAUGUGCAUGUCCGCAACUACGGGUCCAAUGGUAGAUGGAUGCCAGGACGUGUAACAGCUACAUCGGGAGGACGGAUGGUCACAGUGGAGACACCUCAAGCAAUCGUGCGGCGUCACAUAGAUCAAGUGCGUACUCGUAGGGGAUUUUCGGAAGACGAACCACUGUGGACCCAUCCAGGUGAUAUCAGCAAAGGCAAUACACCGAGCACAACGCCACUCGACCCACCGCCACCCGCGAACCCCGAUGAAGCUGUGGAAGCGUCACCCCAAGAAACUCUCCCAGUCACCGACCAGCCUGAGCCUGCUGCAGUCCCAACACCCCUGGCAGCUACGACGGAUCAAGAAACCGCACAACCGCUCCGGCGCUCCACAAGAACACGCAAGCCAGUGCAUCGUUUUUAA